CGGAAACCGUAGCAACUAAGUACAAUCAAUUUCCUUUUAAUAAUCAAACAAAAUUUAUAACAAAAGCCGUCAUAAGCAGACGUUUUUUCGCAUUCUACUAUUCUCAAGUCAAUAUAAAGCAUAUUUUUUUAUAUUUUUAUAAAUCAUGGCGCAGCAGGAUGAUGUUGAAAACUCUAAACUCAAACCACGUGCAAUAUUUGGAUUCGAUGGAGAUGUUCCGUUUGGACUUAAUCUUCAUCCUGACGGGAUGCAUACCUUAAUUCCCCUUGGUAAAAAAGUCGUUAUUACAAACACCAAAACAAACGAACAGGAGUUCUUAACAGGCCACACAAAUAUGGUAUCCUGUUUGCAUGUUUCUCACAGCGGUAAAUAUGUAGCAUCCGGACAAAUAAAUCACAUGGGCUUUCGUGCAUAUGUCAUUCUUUGGGACUAUAAGGAACGCAGGGAAAUUGCAAGACAUGAUCUCCAUAAGGUUCGUUGCGAAACUGUUUGCUUCACAGCUGAAGAUAAAUAUAUUGUUAGCAUUGGUGGUGUCGAUGAUGGAUGUGUAAUAGUUUUCGAUGUGGAAACACGGACACCAAUUUGUCGAGCCGUAGCUGUCAAUAGCACGUCAGGACAUCCAACUUAUGUCUGUCCAUUACAUAAAAGUUGUGAUACAUUCUUAGUAUCGGGAGAUCAUCAUCUUCGAAUGUGGACGAUUGAAAAAGAACGCAGAAAACUAAUUGUGCAGGAAGUCCAAGUUGGAAGACAUCAACGUCGAUAUACUUCAAUGGUAAUAGAUGAUAAUGACGAGAACAUCUAUAUUGGUACCAUGACUGGUGAUGCUGCUCAUGUUAGACUUAACGAUAAUGGAAAAGAAGGACGAACUGGUAUUUUAGUUGGACUCUAUGGAAAGCAUAAUCCACGAAAACCAAUUGGAAAAGACUGUGAAAAAUACGUGAAUGGUAUUCGAGAAAUAUCGUGCACCAUCGAUGGAAAUCUUUUGCUUGGAACCGGUGAUGGAACUGUCGAAUUGGUGGCGCUAAGAAAGGAAUGUUUUAAAAACUAUCCUAAUCCAACCUGGCCAAAAUUAAGGACGAUAAGAUCAACAAAGGUCAAUGGAGCUGUAACGAGUAUUUCCAAAAGCUCAGACACUAAAUAUUUCAUUGGAACCAGUAACAGUGAAAUUUACAUGCUUAACAUUACUGACUUCGAUUUGAAGCUUAAAACAACUUGCCAUAAGGAAUCGGUUAAUGAAUUGAUAUUUCCUAAAAACUUGUCGAGUAUUUUUGCCACAGCUGGAUAUGAAUCUAUACGAAUUUGGUCAAUGAAACGUUUGCAGGAACUUUUGCGAAUUAUGGUUUAUAACUUUCGUUGUACAUCAAUUGUAUUUACUCAUAAUGGAUCGAGUAUUGUGUCCGCAUGGAAUGAUGGUGUUAUAAGGUCUUUUACUCCAAUCACUGGGAAACUCAUUUAUGCUAUACCCAAUGCCCAUAAUAAAGGAUGUAGCGCAUUAGCUAUUUCGUCAAAUGAUAAAAUACUUGUAAGUUCUGGAAUAGAAGGACAAGUUCGGGUAUGGAAGAUUGAGCCUUUUCGACAGAGUUUGAUCGGAGUUCUGAAAGACCAUACGGGACCGAUAAGUUCGUUGCAUUUCAACAAUUUUGACACUGAGGUUGUGUCUGCUGGAACAGACGGAGCUUGCGUCAUAUGGGAUAUAAAUCGAAUGACAAGAAAACAAGUUAUAUGCGCCAAUACACAAUUUACUUGUGCUCGAUACUAUCCAACAGGUGUCCAAUUGCUAACUGUAGGAUCUGAUGGCAGAAUUGGUUAUUGGAUGGUGUUUAAUGGGAGCCUUUUACGAGAACUAGAAGGAUCCUCUAAAGAACCAGUCAAUUGUGUUGCCUUCAAUCCGACAGGUGAUUAUUUUAUUUCUGUCGGUACUGAUCAAAUCGUAAAAUUAUGGGAUUAUCAAAAUGGAGUAACAGUUUGUACGGGGCAGCAGCAUGCAUCUUCAGUUACAAGUUGUGCUUUUAGUCCUUGUGGAAAAUUUUGUAUUACUGGAAGUUCAGAAGGAUCUGUUAUUAUAUGGGAUAUUCCAAAGAAAUAUUGGCCAGAAACUAAAGUUAAAUCAGAUGUUUCUGAUGUCAAAAUAGAGACAAGUUCACGAUCAACAAGAGGAAAAGCUAGCACAGAAAAUAUAAACGGUCUGGAGACCAGUAGAAGUAAUAAAGAAGUUUUAUGCACUGAAUGUCCACCAGUGAAUUGUAAGCAGGUUAUGGAUAUAAAUGAAAAUUGUAAUAAUACACCGGAUGCUAAAUAAUGCAAACUUAAAUAAAAUGUCACUCAAAUUUACUUAAUUAUAUAUACAAAAAAUCAAAAAAGAAUAUUUAAUUAUUCAAUAUACACAUAAAAUAUGUGAAAUGUAUAAAACUUCGCAGUUCUUAUAAGAAUAUUAUUAUAAUGAACUGUUAAGUAAGUUAUGAGCAAGGUUUGUGUCCAAAUAGAUUCGAAUCAAAUAUUAUCGAAAACUCGAAUUCCUUUUCUUACAAUUAACAGAAACAAUUAAGUUAUUGAAUUCAAUGAAAAUUAAAUAAUUUUUUAAAUAUAUGAAAGCGGUCCAAUGUCUCAAACUAAAAAGGUUCACCACAUUUCCUAAAUUGUGGGGAAAAAGUGAAAGCCUUUUGAAAUGGAAAGUGUGAAAAUGAAUGAAAAUGAGAGAGUAAAAAUAAAAAAUGAGAGUGACAAAAAAAA